AUGGCUGCGGAAGCCGAGUUCGCUGAAGCUAAUUCAGAUUACGUAGACGUAGGAGCGGUAUCGGAGUUCGCGAGGGGUCCUAGGCGCUUGGCCGUUGGCGGCCGCAAAGUGGCGGUGUUCCAGCACGGCGACCGCUUCUUUGCCAUCGACGCCAACUGCUACCACGCGGCAGGUCGGCUGGAGGAGCAUAGCGAGGACAUCGAGGAGGUGAACGGCGAGCCUUGCGUCCGCUGCCCGAUGCACAAGUACGUAAUCUCGCUGUCGAGCGGCCACUCCUUCUACGAGGCGGUGGAGGUCCUUCGGAAGCCAGGAGGCCCACCAAGCUUCCGUUCGCUGGGUUUCAAGUCCAAGGGCUUGAAACAGAGGUGCCACUACGCCAAGGUGGAAGGCAACAGGCUGCUCAUCCGGCUGGCAGGCGACGGCGAGGUGGAAUCCGAUCGCUACGCUUACGUGUGA